AUGCCGGGAAUACACACAUUUUACGAUGGAUCUAAAAUUUUGGAACCUCUUGCUGAAUCAAUUGGUUUGGAAGUGGAUCGAGUCAACUUCGUGCUCAGCUUGUUUGCCAGUUUUGGAAUUUCGUACAUCUACAAAAAGACAUGCUCUCUGAAACAAGUGAAUCGACAAGUGAGGACAGUAAUACCUGCAGUGGUUGGAAUCACAUUGUUGUUUUUCUGUUUUGGAAGAGCCAUCAAACAUCUACUUGCAAACGCUCUUGGAAGUUACGCCAUCAUGUAUUUCGCGCCACCUACUCAAGUUCAUAAGCUAGUCUUGCUGUUCUCCAUGGGAUAUCUUUUCUUCAUUCACUCCUAUCGCUGGGUCAUUCUCGACACCUACAGUUUAGACGUCACUGGGCCGAUUAUGGUUGCUGUUGAGAAAGUGACAAUGAUGGCGUUUAAUUUGAAAGAUGGAAAAGCUAAGGAUCAAUCGAAACUGACUGAUGAACAAAAGAAAGAGUCAUUGAAAGAGAUUCCAUCGCUUCUUGAGUACAUGUCCUUCAUGUUCAACUUCCAGACUGUGCUGACCGGUCCAGCCAACAACUACUAUGACUACAUCAAUUUCCUGGAUGAGAAGCACCUCGUAGCUAACAAACAUGGAAAACUUCCAUCUUCUACCGGAGUUGCUAUGAAGAAAUUCUGUCAAGCUCUUGGAUUCCUUGCCAUUGUUGUGACCCUUGGAGCUAGCUACAAAGUAGAAGACGUCGGAACUCCAGAAUACUUCAAACUUCCAAUGUGGCAAUGGUUCUUCUGGUGGUUCAUUACCAUUUUCUUCAUUCGAUGUGCUUACUACUUCGCAUGGGUGUUUGCUGACGCCAUCUGCAACAUGUCUGGAUUCGGCUUCAGUGGAUACGACAAAGAAGGAAACGCUGAAUGGAAGCUCUGCACCAAUGUACUCCCAUACCAAGUUGAAAUGGCUCAAAGUUUGAAGGAAACCCUUGACGGAUGGAACAUCCAAACCGGAUUCUGGCUGAGAAAAGUUGGAUAUGAGCGUGCUCCAAAAUCCAUUCGCACUGUCGCCACGUACACUUUGUCCGCCGUCUGGCAUGGAGUUUCUAUUGGAUAUUACAUGGCUUUCUUCACCUGUGGAUUGUUCACUGUUGCUGCUCAGACUUUCCGACGCUGCAUGCGCUGGCGAUUCUUGGACGAUGCCAACAAAAAGUUCGCCUACGACAUCUUCUCGUUCAUCAUCAGCAAGAUUGCUCUGGCCUACGCUACCUACUCCUUCGUAACAAUGCAUUUGUAUCCAGCUUAUGAUGUUCUGUGGAGAGUCUACUUUAUUCCACACAUCGUCGCUUUUGCCGUCAUUUUUGCCCUGCCAAAGUUUUUCAAACCACUCAAAAAGCCAGUACCAGUUUCUGAAAAGAAGCCGGAGAUCAUAUCUGACAAACCACUCAAGCAGGAAUAA